CACAGAUGCUCGCCUUCCUCCUACUAGUAGGACUUGUUUGUGUGAGGGGAGACCACGAGUUUAUCUCCGCCCUUCAAACACAACCAGUGUUGUCACAGCCCUGCUACACUUCAGAGGGGAUGGAGGAUUGCAGCAUCCUGCUGCUGGAGGAGCAUAAGCGUGGGAAUGCCGCGGAAUCUCUCCCCUGUUCCUGCGAGAACACUCCAGGCUUGCUGGAUUUGGGGAGGCAGUACUACCCCCGCUACUUGCCGACAAUGGAGUGUGGAGGACCGGGAGCCUGCUGGCCGGGACCCUACCACUGUCGCCCCCGCCACUAUGAGGUCAAGGUCCUUAAGCGGAGAGACCCUGUAGAGGAGAUAUCCAGGAGAGAUGACCUCUCACUUCCCGAAACCCUCAGGGGAGAAUGGAAAUUUGUGUUGGUAAAAGUGACUGUCUCAUGUGAAUGCUCUUUAUAA